AUGGCCCAAAAAGAAGAUCCAAAGGUGUCUCAAGAGAUCUACAGAGUUGGUGUGCGCAAUCCGACGAUGAACUUUGGACUAAGAAGAGACUUCGCGUGGAAAUUCACUGUUGCAGACGUUUCUAAGCCUAUCAUCGGAGUGGAUUUCUUGUCUUACUACAACUUACUCGUCGAUUGCAGAAAACAACGUAUUAUUGAUGGCAUCACUUCUCUGUCUGCAGUCGCGACACCUAUCGGGAUGACUAAAGACCUUCCUUCUGUCAAAGCCGUCACUGGUGAAACUGACUUUCACGAUAUUCUGCGUGAGUUCCCAGAAAUCACAAGGCCAGCAGGUAUGCUCUCUACCACAUUUAAGCAUAACACCGUCCAUCAUAUCAGAACUACACCGGGACCUCCCGUUGCUUGCAAGCCUCGACGUUUGGAUCCAGCACGUAUGCAAGCCGCGAAGAAAGAGUUCGAGGAUAUGUUGGCAAGCGGCGUAGCCCGGCGUUCAGAGAGUGCAUGGUCUUCUGCUCUGCACUUGGUGAAGAAGAAAGAUGACGGAUGGCGUCCUUGUGGCGAUUACCGAUCACUGAAUGCGAGGACGAUACCUGAUAGGUAUCCAAUACGCCACAUCCAUGACUUCUCACAACAACUUUCUGGAUGUUCCAUCUUUUCUAAAAUUGAUUUGGUGAAGGCUUAUCAUCAGAUAGCCGUUAAUCCUGAGGAUAUACCUAAAACAGCCAUCACUACUCCUUUUGGACUUUACGAAUUUCCAUUUAUGACCUUUGGUUUGAGGAAUGCCGCUCAGACAUUCCAAAGGUUCAUAGAUGAGUAUGGCAUUCUGGUGAACACAACAAAAUGUACUUUUGGUCAAUCGGUCGUGGAAUUCCUAGGAUAUGAAGUAUCUGCUACAGGUACUAAACCAUUGGACAUUAAAGUCCAAGCUAUCCAGGAAUUUGCUGCUCCUAAAACUGUGAAAGAACUCCGAAGAUUUCUAGGCAUGCUUAAUUUCUACCGCCGUUUCAUACCUAAUGCUGCCCAGUUACAAGCUCCGUUGAACAACGCUCUGGCAGGAGUUAAAAUGAAAGGUUCACAUCCUGUGGAUAUGGAUGCAGUCAUGUUAAAAGCCUUUGAGGACUUAAACAGGGAGAAAUGUUCACCAAGGCAAUUCAGAUAUCUCGACUACAUGUCACAGUUUACUACGGAUAUUAAAUAUAUACCUGGAAAGGAUAACGUAGUCGCCGACGCACUUUCUCGGGUGGAUGAAGUCGCUCCAUGUAUCGACUAUGAGCAUCUUGCACGAUCUCAGGAACAAGAUCCAGAGCUGCAAGAUCUUCUGCUGUGCACCCUCCACGACCAUUCAUCACAAAAGAUAUGCGAAGACAAGUCUUCAACACACUACAUGGACUUCAUCACCCAGGAUCGUCAGCUACAGUCCGACUGGUUGCGCAAAGAUUUGUGUGGCCAGGGAUUCGGAAAGACUGUAGAGAGUGGUCAAGGGCCUCUAAAUCUGUCUGCUGGUUUCAGGUACUGCCUCACUGUCAUUGACCGCUUUACCCGAUGGCCUGAGGCGAUACCACUCAGCGAAAUUACAGCUGAAGCUUGUGCUGCCGCCCUCGUUACCGGCUGGAUUGCCAGAUUUGGAUGUCCACUAAGAGUAACUACCGACCGCGGUCGUCAAUUCGAGAGUCACUUAUUCAAAGCCAUAGCUGCAUUAAUAGGUGCUCACCACUUCCGGACUACCGCAUAUCACCCCGCUGCUAACGGAAUAGUCGAACGCAUGCAUCGCCAGUUGAAGGCAGCCAUCAUGUGCCAUACAUCUUCGCAAUGGACUGAAGCACUUCCUCUCGUACUGAUGGGCAUGCGCAGUUCCUGGAAGGAUGACAUUGACGCAUCCCCUGCAGAGCUGGUGUACGGCGAGCCCCUCUGUCUGCCAGGUCAAUUCAUUUCACCAAAUGAAGACUACAAAGUGUCUGACGUCACCCAGUAUGCAACUCGUCUUCGUGCAUGCAUGGCGAAUUUGACACCGAGACCGACAUCCUGGCAUAGCAAUUCACCAUUUUAUAUACCUCGCGAUUUACAUACAACCUCCCAUGUCUUCAUCCGACAAGAUCAUGUGCGUGGUUCUCUGGUACCACCAUAUGCUGGUCCCUUUAAGGUUGUCAAAAGGCAGCCAAAAUUCUUCACUGUCGAAGUUCGAGGGAAGCUUGUAAAUGUCUCCAUAGAUCGUCUGAAGCCGGCCUACAUGACGAGAGUUCCAGAAGGUGUGUCUCCAACCAAGCCUGUUGAAAAGACCACAAGAAGCGGCCGAAAGAUUAAACUGCCUGACUACUAUCGACCGUAG